GCUGAACCCCUCCCUGAUUGGUCGAACGUGCAGUGACAACUUCCGGAGUUAAAAGUGUACAAGAUUCGAAUUUUUCAUCGCGAAACCCUCAACCACCUUAUUCGGAUUUGGUAAUCAAAAUUCAUGCAUAGAAUAGUUUUAAGGGCAUAGCGUCAUACAUGUAGAUGUGUUCAUUCAAUUUAAACUCACGGAAAUUAUUUUCGAAAGUCAGUUUAUGUCCAACUAUAACCUUUAUCUCGACUAGCUCGUUGCUAACUCCCAACGCUAACGUCUCUAGAUACAAUAAAGCGGCCUUUGUGACUCCUUAGCAACAGAUACUCAAAGCAAUACUCAUACUGCAUGGUUUUUUGUCGAUUGUGUGAUGCCCUUAGCUUUGGCGGUGGAUUUUAAAUGUUAAAGGACUGACAUGUCGUUAUAUGCACCUCUUUCUCAGAGCAGAGGGAAACAUGAACGAUGAAACCCGUCAACUUUUUCAAAGAGUGGCUUCAAAGAUGGGAUGGACUGACGGAGGAGGUCUGGAAACUGCAGAAAAAAAGGUUCAUAAAUACUUAAAAUAUACAAGAGGCACCCUAAAACAUCAGUUUAAACUUUAAGAUCAGAUAAGAUAUUCUAUGUUUGUUCGUCCCACAAGGGGAAAUUCCCAUUUAUAGUUUAAGAUAUUCUAUUGACACUGUCAGGUAAACAACUGAGAGAUUAUUCUGAGGGUAUUAGAGGAUCAGAUUAAUUUCUGAGCAUGUAUUAAAUGCAGAUAUUCACUGUGGAUUUCAAAUUAAAACUACUGUAAUCAUAUAAUGCCUGAAACCACAGAUUUUGGCCAGAAAAUUAAAAUUUUUUGGCGCUGAAAUGUUUAUUUCACCUACUACUGAAAACCCCAAAAAAUCAAAAUGUCCUUAGAAUUUUGCAAAUAUUUAUUUAUCUUUUUUGAUACGUCUGAUGUUUUUGGAAACUGAUAAAGUAAGAUUUAAGUAAUUUGUUGAUCAUAUUGAUUGAUAGAAGUAUUAUAAAAGUAUGUAUCAAAUGUAAUACCAGAAGCAAUAAAGGGUUAACAGUGCUCAAAUGAUUCAAUACAUCCCUAAAAUCCCUGAUAAAGUGAGCUAUUGUUUUACAAAGAAAGUCAUUAGCUAAUAUAUUUGAGGUAAUAAGAGUGCUCAUGAAAACAUGUCUUUCUGCGUUUGUCUAGCUGAUCAGUGAAAUUGGCAAGACACGGCAUUUUGCUACAAGUGGAAAUCAACCCGUAGCUCCAUCAGCCUCUCCAGUCCAGCCUGUCCUCUCUGACCGGGAAGAUGAUUUGGACAAGGAGAACCAGCACUCCAUGGGCAACAACUACAGAACAAAGAACUUGACUGAGUCAAGUGAUGAUGACUUUGACCAGUGUGAGUGAUGGAAUUGUAUGAAUAGUUUUUACUAUGUUUUGAUAUGACUAUAAUAUUUAUUUGAUUUCACCUUUUCAUCUCUCACAGUUCUUGUUCGGGCGGCUACACCUAAAGUUAAACAAACCAUACAAAGACCACACAGUGCUGUAAAGAAAGAAAGGUAUGUUUGAAAAGCUUCAUUUCGUCUUGGUUAUUUAGUUUUAACAUUUAUGUAAUGUCUUUUUUUUACAUAUCUUUUAGUUCCACUGUUCUUGUAUCCAGCUCUGACGAUGAUUGCAUCUUUGAGACAUGUAAGUGGCCUUUCUUUGUCUGUAUUUGUUAUCUUUGGCAAGAAGUGAGUCUGAGUUUAAACAGAUGAAAAGUGAAACACUUUACACAUCAUAAGCUAGAUUCAACCCUUAUUUAUGCUUGUUUUGCAUGCUGAAGUUCUCCAUCGAAUGAAAACCCCUAAAGCAGAGCCUAAGAAAAUAUCGAAAAGUGGAAGUGAAGACAGGUAUGUCUUUGAUUAUUUCUCUUUAAACAUAUUUUAGUUCUCUGAAAACUUAAGUUCUCUAUCUUUGUUUUGUUUUUAAAGUUUGAAAAACUUCAUCGUGGAUGAUUUGUCAUCAGAUGAGGACUUUAUUCAGCCAAAAUCAUCUUACAAAGGUCAGUUUGGUUUUCUUUAUAGUUCUUAUGAAUGUUUUAAGUAGAAAAAGAAAUCAACCUAUGACUAGAUUUGUGGUGACGUUUUGUGUUUACUCUUUUGCAGUACCCAAGAGGAGCAAUACUCCAACAGCCAAGCAUCUUUCAAGGAAACCUCUUUCACAGUGUGACUCCCCAGUCUUUAUAAGUGACAGUGACGAGGAUGAUGACAAAAUUGUGAUUAAGAGCACAUGGAGGACUCGCCAGUCAAAGCAAAAGCCUCUGCAAAAGACCACAAAGAGUAAUACUCUGCCUUGUGAUGAAGAGGACAGUCCCCCAUCGCUGCCUUUGCUGUCCAUCCCUUCCCCUUUUACAGUUCCCGUUCACAGAACCCUCCCCUCUCUGGCCUCUCCGAAACGCACAUUUUCAGCACCUUCAAAGCUGGAGGAGUCUGAUAGCUCAGAUGAAGAGUUGAUAUCUUUACUUGAGAGACUGAAAAGGAAAAACAAGGGCAUGGGUACGCCACUCUCCCAGAGAAACACCAAUGGUAAGUACUGCAUUCAGACUGGCAUUACAGCAGAGUCUCACUAUUGUUCUUGUGCUGUUUCUAUGGAGCAUCGCUGAUAUCUUGGCUCUGUCUAGAUGGCAAUAAGGAGCAUCCUGUGUCAGUUCCUCGUGUGAAAGGGCUUACAACACCAGCCUUGAAACACUCUGAUGAACCGUUGCAGAUGAAGACACCAGGAAAACCCACUAUCUUGAAGCCCACAGUCAGUCAGACAGAGCCGAGACCAGGCCCCACCAGCAGGUACAACUAUAGACCUCUGUGUGUAAUGUACAGACAAACAAACUACAAUGAUUUAUCAUGUAGUUUGUUUACAACAGCUUUCAUUACGUCACUUGCUUUGUUUGUAUUUCAUACACAGAUAUUUGUCUCUUCUCAUUUUCCCUGUUCCUUUCUUUCUAGGGUGGCAUUAUGCAAGACCCCAGGAUGCUUCUUGCAGUCUUUGUCAAAUCCCGGGGCCAAUUAUGGUCGCAAUUUUAAGCAGAACAAAGAAGAACUCACCAGCAAACUCUUCCGGCUGUAUAACACCUCUGUGUUUGACAGCAAGGUGAUUGACAGCUUUUUUCUUUUCUUCACUGAUAUAUUUAAGAGAUCAUGCUAUCCUUGAAAUUUACCUCUGUAUUUAUGAAUACUUGACUUUUCCUUGUUGAGUUGUUUGUUUUCUCACUCCUUAUCAUGACAUGUAGCUCCCCACUGAUAUGUCAGUUACUUGGAAUAAGAAAAUGCGGAAAACAGCAGGUUACUGCGUCACAGGGCAGGAGAGAGGUGGAGGAAGUCGCUACGCACGUAUUGAAUUGUCAGAGAAAGUCUGUGAUUCUGCAGGUAAUGCUUUAAUAAUAUUUUAACAUUCUCUCACGUUGUUGAUACAGACUGUCAUGCUCUUGUGGUGUGAAAAAUCAAAUCUGUAUGUAUCCUCAUUCUGACUCAUCUUCACUUUCUUCAUUCUCACUCUGCUCUCACAGAUCGCCUCAGAGACACACUGGUUCAUGAGAUGUGUCACGCUGCCACCUGGCUUAUUAAUGGUGUAAGGGAUGGGCAUGGAAGUUUCUGGAAGCUAUACGCUCGCAAGGCCACACUGGCACAUCCCGAGCUGCCUAUGGUCACUCGCUGCCAUAGUUACGACAUCAAAUACAAAUUCCAGUACCAGUGCACCCGCUGCAAGAAUACGUACGUCACUAGCUGCAGAUUUAUUCAAAACCAUUUUCAUCAGAUUUUUCUCCAUUAUUCACAUUCAGUCUGUUUUCAACUUGUAACACUUACUCAUAAUUCUCCACAGAAUCGGGCGACACUCCAAGUCUCUGGACACGCAGAGGUUUGUGUGUGCUCUCUGCACAGGCCAGUUGGUUUUACUGACGCCCUCAAAGCCCCGUGCUCCCACGCCUUUCGCCAACUUUGUCAAAGAGAAUUAUGGGACUGUACGUCAGGAGCUAGCAGGACAAAGUCACGCAGAAGUGAUGCGUAAACUUAGCGCAGACUUUGCUUCCAAGACGAAACUCAGUCAAAGCUGAAAGUGAAGGAAACUGUUCCGAUUCUGAAAUACCUCUUUAAUUCAAUUCUUUCAUGAGUUAGCUGCUGUGAUUGUUAAUAUCAAAUCUGUGUUUGUUUCUGUGUUUAUCAGUGUGUGAUUAAAGGCUGUUACUUGAAAAUUUGAGCCUCAACAGCAAAUUCAGGUUGUUGUUUGCCAGUGUGUAUCUGUAGUGUUUGAGGCAGCAUUAAGCGAUAAAUUUCGUACCACAUGAUGUCCCCAGGAUCAUAAAUCAUUUUCAAAGGGAAUUUGUGCUGUACUGUCACACUGGCAUACUUUUAAUUGUAAUUGUUGUCUAAUUCUGGUAUGUUUUUAUGAAUUUCAUAAAUAAAAUUUACAUUUUAUACUACUCUAA